AACCAAGCACAAGGCCUUGCAAAAGAUGUGCCAGCUGAAGAUGUGCAUUCUGUGUCUAGCAGCUAUAUACACAGUAGUAGACCGCAUGCAGGGCAGAGAGAGAACAGUCUGCUAUCUUAUGCCUGCUGCUGUAAAUGCGCAUGCUGUGGGCCUUAUGGACGAGCCUGAGGAUGCGUGUGCACACCCUGACUUGGAGUAUGAAAAGGUAGUAUCCAGACUUGCAGCCUCAAAUGACACCGAUAAAUGUGCCAGACAGGUGUUUAUUAGUCUGGAUAGCGAGGACUUCAAUGCGGUUGAGGUAAAGGACAAGCAAAUGCAGGACUUGCUUGAUCUCCUUGAGGGGGCAAACAAGCUAUUUGAAAUAGACGGCAGCACACAGAAAGAUGCAGCAAAGAGCCAAAUAGGGCUAUCUAACAACACCGGUCCAGAAGAUGGAAGAAAACCCAGUCCAGAAGAUGAAAGCAGAGCCAGUCUAGAAGGCGCCCUUUUGAAGGAGAUUGAAGAUGUAUGCACAAAGGAGAAAAAGCUCUUACGGAAACUGCGCAGUGUAUAUACAGCGAGAAACAAUCAAAACAGUAUUAUGGAAAGGGCAGAAGAGAGGCGGUACCGCUCAAAGGCGCGCUAUGUGGAGUAUUUGGUGGAGGGGAUAGAGUACCAGUGGUGGCAGUGCAAAGCAAUGAAAGAGUGCUUAGUCUAUGCAAAUACUGUAUUCACCCGAGUAAGUCUAAACAGACAGUCCAAGUGGCUUAAGAAGGGGCGUCUAACCCGGUCAGGCAAGCCAGAUCAAGCUGCGCUUCUGGACAGAGCUAUACAAGCAAGUUUUCAAGUAAUGGGGCCUAUAGAAGAUGUCUUUGACUAUAUUGAUAAAGUCUAUAUUAAAAAGGUAAAUAAAAUACUCAGAAUAAUAGAGAAAAUAGACAGAUAUAUAAAGCUGUGCAUAUCCGAAGAGGAGCACAAGGAAUGCAAGGUGUUUGUAGAAGUUCUAUCCAAGGUGUGCAAGUAUAUUAAGGACACCCUCCCAACAGCCCUAAAUCCAGGUUAUACCAGCGAGCAUAGACAUUCCCAUGAGGUCUCUAUGCAUAUGCGCCAUUUAAAUCUGAUAUAG